AAUUUGAUCCCGGAAAGUUCAAACCUUCAGCGAAAUGGCAAGUUACUGUCACGCACUCUCCAGGCACCCGCUCAACUUUAUCACUAUUCCAGAAAAAAUACAUCAACUGGCUAUUGAAGAUCCAGAAAAAGACGCAAUAGUUUUUUAUGACAGCAAACUCCAGAGAACUCAUUUAACAAGGAAACAACUCUAUGAUGGAACAGAGAGUAUUGCUAAAGCCCUUGUCAAACAAGGAAUCAAGAAAGGUGAUCGAAUUGCCCUCUGUGUAUCGAAUUGUGUUGAGUGGAUGGCAUAUGACAGCGGCAUUAUGAUGGCAGGAGGGUGUUCAGUGAGACUGGUUGCUGGACAAGCCGAUUUCUUACCCAUGCUAGAAGAUUGUGUAGCAGUAAUUUUUGGCUCAGAGCCAACAUUUUACAACAAAUUACUUAAACUAGCAAAUAUCUUAGAAGAUGGCACGGUAAUCAGUGAAACUUUCCCAAAAUUGCGUCUUGCUAUUACUGUUGCAAACACAGAUUCAGAAAUUAAAGGUUUAUCUUUAGAUGCGAUGAAAGAAAAGGUAAAGAACGAUCUAAAUAUAAUUCUUCCUCGAGUGGACCCUGAAGAUAUCACAAUUAUUACACAAACAUCUGGAUCAACAGGAAAACCUAAGCGGGUUACUCAUAGUAGCUUUGAUAUUAUUAAUUGUGCUGAGAUGUAUUGUGAUGUAUAUGAUAUAACAGCAAAAGAUGCAGUUUUCAAUGACCGUUAUCUUGGCUUUGGAGGGUCAUAUCCUUACCAAUAUAUCGGAUUUGGGUGUAAAUAUGUCACAGCAGAUAUACGUAGCCUACACUGCCCAAAGGAUUUUUCAAAAGUGAGGGAUAUCUCGAAAAUGGAGGGUUGCACUUGGUUGAGUAUGCUACCAUCAGAUUUACGUUUCUGUACAGGAGAAAACGUUGUACCUUCCAUAGGAAUAGGUGGUGAUAUAGCUCCCUUUGACGCGGUGAAACAAGGUUUAACUUGGGCAUCGUUGAUUGAUUGCCAUCAUGCAACUUCUGAAACUCUUUUAGUUGGAUCAAUGGCAAUAACCAAGGACAACAUCGGAGAAUAUGUUCCUGGAAUAAUUGGGCGACCAUUUCCUAAUACUGAAGUUAAGAUUGUGGACGAUAAUAACACAAUUGUCGAUAUCGGUAAAGAAGGUUAUUUAUGUGUACGAAAUAAAUGGUGCUCAAAAGUGAAUGCUGACGGAAAAUCAAUUCUUGACAAAGGAUGGUUUAAGACAAGCGACAUUUGCAAAAUGACUGGAAAUAAAGAAAUAAUUUUGCUAGGCAGAAACGUUGACUACAUUCAUAAGGCAGCUAGAAGAGUAUCGGUUAGAUUUGUCGAGCAGCAUAUAUUGGGUCACCCAGACGUUGAUAACAUCGUUGUUGUUCCUGUACCAGAUGAGGUACAUGGAUUAAGUGUUUGUGCUUGCGUCAUUAUGAGACCUGGAAAAAAAUUUAAUGAGAAAAAUAUUCUUCAAUUCUGCAUGGAAAAUCUUCCUCAGCCAAACGAUUUCGAUUAUAUAUCAUCAAACCCUGAUUAUGUUCGACAGUUCGACAAAUUUCCAAUACUGCGAAACGGCAAGAUUGAUAGAAUGUCAGUAAAAGACAUGGCAAUUAAAUCUCUCGUUCAAUCACAUUCUUUGUGCGCGAAAACAAAUUAAUGUAAUCCAGGGAAUAAGAAUUGCUUCUACCUUUAAAUUUAUUAACCGAUUUUGUUAUUUUAAAAAUAUUAAAUUGCAAUUUUGCUAAAAAUAUAUAGACCAUUAACCAGAAAUUAGUUUAAUACCAGGCGAUUCAUCUUCAGUUGUACUUUAUUUUACUGCAUUAAAAUCAUUAUUGUAUCGAUUGAACCAAUAUGAAUCCUUUCGCAUUAUAAAAAUGACUAUUUUACUACAUAAUACUGUAACUUAAUU